CUAAUUCACAUCACGUUUAUUGAGCUAAGCGAAACUCGUCGAAAUCUAACUACGUAACUAUAAAUCAAUGAAACGAUAAUAGAGCUGAGAGCUACACGUUAUGGAUUAAUAAAGUGUUUAUCUAUCAUCCGUAACAAUGUAUCUGUGAUGUGACAAGUUUACGUUUGGUUGUGCUCGCCCGGGGACAGGGCGCCGGCGGCGGCGGCGGCGGCGCGGCGCAGUGCGGCGCUAUCGAGCGGCCGGGCGGGGCGGCGAGCGGCAGUCGCGCGCGGCGCCCCACGGCCAUGGGUGGCGCGCUGCUGCUCGCUCUGCUGGCGGCCGCGCGGGCCGGCGAGCCCAACACCACCAUCCUCGACUAUGACACCUCGUCCGCGUACGAGCCCCAGCCCACCGAGCCCGAGGAGAAAGCCCCUCUGUUCCCCACCGAUCUCUUCACGGAGGAGCAGCGGCGCUCCGGGGCUGUCCUCCUGCACGUGCUCGGCAUGGGCUACAUGUUCGUCGCGCUGGCUAUAGUCUGCGACGAAUUCUUCGUCCCGUCGCUGGACGUGAUCAUAGAACGCCUGGCGAUCAGGGACGACGUGGCCGGGGCCACGUUUAUGGCGGCGGGCGGCUCGGCCCCGGAGCUGUUCACCUCCGUGAUCGGGGUGUUCGUCUCGUUCGACGACGUAGGGAUCGGGACGAUCGUGGGCUCGGCCGUGUUCAACAUCCUGUUCGUGAUCGGUGCGUGCGCGUUGUUCUCCCGCACGACGUUGACUCUGACCUGGUGGCCGCUGUUCCGCGACUGCAGCUUCUACUCGAUCAGUUUGCUGGUGUUGAUAUACUGUUUCCGGGACAGCCUGAUCUACUGGCAGGAGGCGCUGGUGCUGUUCUCGCUGUACGGCGCGUACGUGAUGUUCAUGCGGUGGAACCAGCAGGUGGAGCGCGCCGUGAAGAAGGUCGUCUACAAGAACAAGGUGACGCGCGUCCGCAGCACGGAUCAGCUGAUGCCCACGCACCAGACCGCCGCUCAAACCUUGCACGGCAACGCGACGACAUCGAGCGAGACGUCAGUGGGCACCAACACCGCGGCCGCGGGCCCGAGCAAACAGCCGGCAGCGAAGUUCCGGCACGGGCUGCUGCAGCUCAUGAUACACACUAUCGACCCGAUGCACGACGGUGAGUUAGGCAAAGUGGACGAGAAAGCAACACAGCUACACGCCAUCGCGUCGCUAAAGGUGCUGCUGGAGGCCACGAAGCCGGCGGCGGGCGGGGCGGGCGCGGCGUCCGCGCGGAACUCCGCCGCCGUGGCUAAGGAGACGCCGCUCGACCUGCCCAACGGAGGCGUGCAGGAUGUACAUUUAGAUGCUAUAGAAGAGAUAGGGGACCUGGAGGAGGACACGACGCCAUUGGACAUGUCGUGGCCCUCCGGGUUCCGCAAGCGACUGACCUACCUGUUGGUCGCGCCCAUAGUCUUCCCAUUAUGGAUCACUCUCCCGGACACUAGGACUCCGAGAGGGAAGAAUCUAUUCCCCCUAACGUUUAUAGGAUCCAUAGUAUGGAUCGCGUUCUUCUCCUACCUCAUGGUGUGGUGGGCGAACGUGGCCGGCGCGACGGCGCACGUGCCCCCCGAGGUGAUGGGGCUCACUCUGCUGGCGGCGGGCACGUCCGUGCCAGACCUCAUCACGUCGGUCAUCGUGGCGAGGAAGGGGUUCGGAGAUAUGGCGGUCUCUAGCUCUGUUGGCAGCAAUAUUUUUGAUGUCACUGUUGGGCUCCCACUGCCGUGGCUGCUAUACGGACUGAUCAACGGGCAGCCGGUGGAGGUCAACUCCAAGGGCAUGGUGUGCAGCAUUGUGCUGCUCUUCGCCAUGCUGCUGUUCGUCAUCAUGAGCAUCGCCUGCUUCAGGUGGAAAAUGAACAGAGGGCUCGGCUUCACGAUGUUCCUGUUGUACUUCGUGUUCGUGGCCGUCAGUCUCAGUCUGGAGUACGGCUACCUCCACUGUCCUAGCGAGUAAGAACGUUCCAGAACUUUCUAGCACAAUCGGGAAUAUUGCAGAACAAUCAAGAGGAUGAGCACGAGUCACUUCAGCAAUAGGCCAUAGAAAAACCUGAAAGCAAUUGGACUAGAAUAUAAGAAAGAACAUAUUAAAGAAAGAGUAACCAAACCCUUCGUGGCAAGGCAGUGGUCGUGGGUGGAUAAGACAAAAUAACUAGAUUUGUUCCCUAUUUGAACUAGAACUUGUUAUUACAAGGAAUAAAGAGCAUUAAAAGAUUGUGAUAGUUCAAUUGUCGGGGUGCUUCCCGUAUUUGCUCGAUGGAACUGCGUACCGAAUCCUUAACUCAUUCACUGCUAAGCUCUGGUCGUAGCGCUACGUUGUAGCCGUUAACAUGGAUUUUGACUAUUAUAUUGAAACGACGAUAUGGCGUGGUUAGCUCAAUGGGUUAAGAAAUAUAGAUCAAAAAAUCUCAGCUCCACAGAUUAACGGAAAAGUAGCUAAUAAUUAAAAAUGGAAAUGUAAUGGCCGAAGUGACUUGUGUUGCAAAAAAAUUAUAGCACUGAUUUUAAUAAAGGAAGUUGUUCUGAUAUUAGGAAAUCAAUUGGUCCAACGUGCAUUCCAAACAAUAGGGAACUAGACGUUUGAUGUGAACUAGAUCUGUAUACAUUUGUUCAGUCCAGUUUGGUUAGUUCAAUUAGGUUGUUUUCCAUGCAUGUCAAAGCACAAACGAAAUGUUGUUAAAUUGCUCAAAUUCACAUAUUAUUUGUACUUAAAUGCCUUUGCUUUAUAGUAUAUGUUACGCUUAGUUUGUAAACAAGAGAGACAUGAGCACCAAAGGAGUCCAAUAUUCAUUCUUUGCAAUAGAACGAAGUGUAUUAUAGGAUAGUAUAGAAAUCCUAAUUGUAUGCAAUAAUGAGCGUAAGCUUCUGGUUUUAAAUGGCUGGUUGCGCGUGAGUUGCUGGCAGCAUAUUGAACUCUUUCUUGCAAACCUGAAAAAUAACACGCGAGAGCGAGACAAGUAUCUGCCAGCAGCUAGUGCGCUAGAGGUGUGUACAGACUUGCAAGCGGUGCAAUCGGCUAGAUUUUUUGUAUCAAAAUUGUAAAUUAUAAAGGAGUAGCCCACACUAGAGACUGUAGAUAUUUAUAUGAAUGUUAGAGGUUCAUUACCUAACCGUUGAAUAAAGGCGCUUUUAUGAUGCCGUUAGCGUUAUUGCUAAUUUAUAAUAUUAGAUAUAGUUCGUUUUUUUAGCAUUAGAAAGAAGGUAAGCGAUCGUGACAUGGCUUUUAAUUGAAAAACGAUUUUUAAAAAUCAGUAACUAUUACUUAUGAAAGCAGGAGAAUAUAAAUGAUCGUAUUAGAUUCAUAAUUGUUAAAUAUUUGCCGUGACUUAUUUUUAAAACGUGUUUUUCUAUUAAAAGACACAUCAAGAUUGUUUACCUUUUUUCUAAUGCUAAAAAAAACGAACUAUAGUACGUGUCAGCUAUUAUUGUGCGUAUGUUUUGUAAAUAUUGUUUGAGAGCGUUAUUUUGGGUCCGGGACCCGUGUCCACGUUUAUUUCGGGGGUGUUAGAGUGCGCACGGAGAUUGUACAUAGCGUAGCUCGGAGCGGGGCAAAUGGGUAAGAUAACGCAUUCCAUAAAAUGUGCCUAAGAGUUCGUAGGAGCUCCUUUACAUUAGCUUCGUGUAUAUUCAAUACAAUGUUUCGUAAAUUUCAUCUAAUAGCAAUUAAAUACGGUUUAUAUAAUAGUGCUACACUUCAGCGGGCGCAGCAUGGUUCCAUUUUUAUGUCCUGUCAUUAUGCCCGUCACUUUCGCACUUACAUACUUGUUAGAACGUUAUAGGCAUGGUGACAAGCGAUAAAAAUGCGACCGUGCUGCCGCCGCAGGGCGCAUUUGUCCCGCUCUUCGGUAGGUAGAUUUUUACACUCUUAAUGAUUACUUUCUUCUCUCUCUUCAACUAUAUUCAACUACGGAUGUAUAUGCAAGAGCAGUCAAUUCUUAAUAUAAUCUGAAGUAUUUAAAGGUUAUAGUUAUGGUUGGUCUUGAAGGAAGGUCUAAUGAUAGUGCCUUUAUAUUGGUCUUAUAACUAAACUACGGCGUCGGUUAGAUCAGAGCACACCGGCUGCGUACACUAACAUGAUAGAGCCGCGUGCACACGACACGCAAGCGGUGUGCCGUCUCUCAUAAGGAUAUGCAUAUUACAACGCGCACGUGCACGUCUACGCACACGCGUCCGGUGUGCACAGGCCUUAAGAGUUACAAUUUAAUUUAGAUUUUUGAUUACAUAUGCUGUAGUGAUGUGUUAUAAGAUCUAUGAUAAAGUUUUGUGACCAUAUGUAUUGAUCCCGAGAGAUGGUCUUAUAAGCUACAAACAUACAACAAACUCUACAAGCAGUUAGAGUUAGACCAAGACAAGUCUGCAACGAUUUUGAUAUAUUCAUAGAAGAUAUUUGAUAAUUUCAUAGAAGUUCGACGUUUAAAAUAACACUUGCACUGCGUGUGCUAUCAUAAUCUUUGCAGACUUAUCUUGGUCUAACUCUAUAAUGCUCUGAAUUGCUCUGAUUAAAUACGUAAAGUGGGCAAACUGGCAAUAUUCAAUAUACUAAAACAAUAUACAAAAUAAUAAAGUCGAAAUAUAGAAACACAAUGACGAAUAUGCAAUAAUGCCUAAUUGGAACCAAAAGCGGUAGGUACUUUCGUGA